CUUUUAUUUGUUUCGCCGAGAUAUUUUUUUGUGUUUUUCUUAUGUAUUGGAUUUUAUUGGUAACAUUUUUUGAUUGUGAGAAAAGCCUUUCAUGCAUUCUCACCUGUUCAGUUCCUUUUUUGGAGGAUAAAAGUAUUAAAUGCGGCAGUCGUCUGUUCAUAUGUAGCGACUACAGAGGUUGAUUAAUAAUCUAGUUCAGAUGCUAGUUGGCCGCCUAAAAUGGCAUUCAUUUUUCAGUGUGGAAUUUGUGCUUAAUUUAAUGCCUUUGUAGGAACUUGUGUAGUAUGCUGCAUUUACAAAAGAGCACACUGAUGAAUUGUUUUUUAUCUUGUUAGUUAUCGUAAUUAGCAGUACGGUAAGGUCGAGACACAGUUGGUUAUUUCUUUGUCAUAGUGGACGUACUAUGUCCUUAGGGAUACGAUUGUACCGGUGACUUUGAGCCGAUCAACCAUAAAAAGUGAUUUUCAUUCCAAAAUUGACGCUUAUUUACAUGUGCAUGAAUGCAUAUUGCGCAGGAUAUUUUUCUAAUGAAAUGACGUGAAAGUCUCCCCUAAUUACGCUGAGGAGCACCGGUUUUCAAGUUAGACCAGUUUCUUCACACGUAUUCAUCAAGGUGACUGGAGAUGAGGUUUUUUGUGACCUGUUUAUCUCACUUAUACUGUUUUGUCUUCCUCAAAAGCUCGCGAUUGAAUUACUGUGGUUUCCAGUGAGAGGAUUAAAGACUACUUACUAGGAAAUUGAUGAUUAUAAAACUAAUUAAAAUAAAUAACCCUAACCUUUAUUCUAACCCUAGUUAUAACCCUGAUCCUAACCUUAAUACUUACCUUGACCCGAAUCCUAGCCCUAACCAGUUGUUAACGAAUUGUCCCCACGGUAGUUAAGAACGUGAUCAGAGGCAAGUUUACACAUUGAUUCCUGUAUGGUGUUCACAUUGGCGCUAUAAUAAUAAUAGUAAGUCCUGUUAUCCAACGAGCGUUCGUACCCAUGGUACUUGAGACUUUAACUUCGACAAUUCUGUCACAAGCUUCUCUCGCUAACAACCACUCGCUGUGUAUUAUACUCUGUAGUGAUUCAGUUUCACAUGAUAAGUUGUUAUUGGCUCUUGCACCUUGAGUGUCGUUGAAAUAUAUAUGUCUGUGAAGAUACAGUUGUAUUUUUGCAGGGCCAGUAGCACUCUAUCACGGAAAGAGUUCCAGUCAUCAAACAGUAUAUUUGGGAAUCGAAAUUCCAUACGUAUUCUGUUAGAGUACUUUUUAUGAACUCUCAAAUGUAUCCUAAAAAGGAAGGAAAUGUUAUACAGGGCAAUAUUCGAAUCAUGCUUUAUUAUACGACAAGUCAAUUUAAGCUGCUGUCCGUAUGAUAAUAAUAAGUAGUUUAUAUGUUUCAAGCCCUUUUCAUAAGGUGUGAGAAACCAAUGAAUUAUCUAUUGUUUACUAUUUGUUCCCUUUCCACGACGUGCCACAUCCUUGAAUCAUAGGCUAGCCGUCUGUGUGCAGUAUUAUAUAUGAGACCUGAGACAAUUUAAGUAGAGUAUUCAUUCAUCUCAGUGUUUAAGAGCCUUUCGAACUAUAUGCAACCAUGGUUGCUGCUGUACUAUAAUAUAGAGCUAUUGAGUUAUCUUAAAUCAUUUUGUCCCUCAUCAUCAUGCAGUAUAUUGUUUAAGAUCUACGGCUCAGAUGCAUUAGGGAACCUUUUUUGUAGUUCAUUUUCAAAAUCCAGUUAAUUUGUCUAAUUGAUCUUGAAAGUCUGACUUAUCAUCACUACUCUUUAUAGUGCUAUCUCUUACUAACGAGGAAUAUCAGCCUUGUUCUCAUUUCCAAACAGCACGUCAUCUCCCUAACAAAUAAAACUAAUACAACUUUCUUUAUUCAGUGUAAUAUACCAAAGACUGCUUUUCGUUCUUUGAGUUUUCAUGGCUCACAUCGGUCUUGUUUCCUGAAUCAUGCGUUAAAUGUUGAGAUAAUGAUUUGUUUGCUUAAAAAUCCAGUCUGUGCGGAAUUAACGCUGGGAGUGCUGAAAGUCGUGCUACUUCAGCGGCUGUUUCACCAUUGACUCACCAUACAAAAAGUCAUUAUUGCCGCUCUAUUUUAUGCUUGGGUGGUGACAGUACAUUGAUCUUAUUCCUGUCCAAUGCGAGAAAUGUCUGUAUUAUGACAAAUUUAAUGAUCUGUUCAUAACAUCCAAUCAGAGUCAAGUCAAUCGAUGUCUUAUGAUGAUAAUAAGAAGGUGUUUCACAACGCUGGCACUCUAGCUAGUUAACCACAGAGUUCAGCGGAUAUCUUUAUCUGAUUAUCUUUUUACAAGUUUUUCAUAUCACUUCCAGUAGUUUUAAUUCUUAUCUGAAAGACUUGUUGCCAUACCAUCUGGAAGGUACGAAGAUGUUUUCAUUUCCUGGCUCACUACUCGUCGUUUUGACAACAACAAUGUGACAACUCUGCUUGUUAUUGGGAAACAUCUUGUUAAUCUGAGCAGCGUAUGCUGCUGGCAAAUCCGGAAAUAAAAAGAAACAACUACCUAGUUACCAUUAAAGAUGGUGUCUGUUCGUGACAAAAUAUACCACGAGCCCAAUCAAAUUUUGCAGUACUAAGAAGACAAAGCAGACGAAAAUUUUUAAACUUUGAAACUCCCACUAAAUACCUUCUUACACCACCUAACAACCAAUUUUUUAAAAUGACAUAACCCGAACGGAAUGUCACUUAGUCUGUCAUGUCCUGGGUAGAUUAAAGUGCGAGUGAGAUUGAACUGACAUCGAAAGUAGAAGCUACAACUAGGUCCGUAAUUUAAGGCUGUUGAAAUGACGAUGUUUGAUUCUUUUCCUCUACACUGUUCAUUUCAUGAUUUUAUUUAAUCAUAAAUGUAACAUUUGAUUUCACUUUAAGUGUAUCGCUUUUACUCUUAGACUAGCCAGUGAAAUGGAAAACUUAAAAGAACUUCUUGAUGCGGAACAAGAGAAAGUGACCAAACUGAAGGCUCUUAUAGUAAAAGAGAGGAAAGUCAACACGAAAAUAAAAGCAGAACUGGAACGUUUAAAGUCACAACACUCUGCCGAUAACCAAUGUGGUAGUAAAUCAGUUGAAAGAGUUGAUAAAUCUUGCUGUACCUCUGAGUAUUCUAAUGUGGUAACCAGUACAAAUACUACGCAGACAACAGAUUUUGAUGAUGUGUUGUCAGAGUUACCUUACACCUCAAAUAAAGACUUUCAGGAAAUAAGACAUGAAAAUAUUUCUACCAUAUGUUCACCAAGCAACACAGACAAGGUUCUCCAUAGUAUCAACAACAAAACAGUCUCUCCGUGCAUGAUUGAAUCUUCUUCAUUUUGUGAUGAUAAGGUGUGUAGUACUGGCAAGAAUCUACAAAUAUCUUGUGUAAAACACCUGACCAUCGCCCCUGAUGACGAUCUUCCUACUCACUCAAUAAAUAGUAGUGUGGAUUGUCAUGGCGAACAAUGUUCAUCAAUAAUGAAACAGUUUAAUCUGGCUCUAAAAUCAUUAAAAUUACAUGACAAAAGCAUUUUGUCAAAAGGUGAAUUGGAGUCAGUAUUCGAUGAAUGUAAGAAGAUGGUAGAGAAAAGUGAUUGGUGCUCAAGUAAUAUCAAGGAUUUAAUGACUGAUUCUCUUUCAUUUAAAAGCAAAAUAAAUUUAUCGGAUGAUCACUGUCAAGGAAUUCAAUUACCUCCAAACAAUCACCUCUCAUCUUGCGAGAGUCGCGAUAUGCUAUUAUCUUGUCACUGUUUACACCCAUCAAAAGAUGCUCAAACUAUUACAGAUGCAGUGUGUGAUGAGCUGUCAGUUUUAGAAGAAAGAGUAGAUGGUUUAAAAAGUUGGGUUGAACGUGCCGAAUUUUCAUUGAAUAACCUUUCAAACAAACUGACUUCUGCUACCUACAUCAAUAAAAGAAACGAUACGAAAUUAUGUCAAUUACAAGCAACUUGUUUUGGGUCUUCCGAUGAAUGUGAGUUACCAUCCCUUCAAAAUACAAAAACCACAUUGAUUUAUGAUUCGUUUUUAGUACCACUAACCGAAUACUAUCAAGAAAUAAGUAAUAAUAAACACUGUGAACUGGAUGUUAGUCACUAUACAUCUAAUAGUUUUGAAAAUGUUCACAUAGACGAAAAGAAUAUUGAAAUGUUCCUAAAUAAAUUGAAGCAUAUUAUAAAGCAUUACUUUGAAUCUAAUGUAAAUACUCAAAAUGGUCAACUUACUGCAUCUUUAGGUGCAUGUAUUUCAGAUGAAAAUGACAAUACAGACAGCCAGCAAAAUAAGUUAUUUUUAGAUAAAAUUAAAUCUAUAGAAUAUGAAUUGUCUAAAGCUAAUGAAAGAGCUGCAAUAUCUGAAAGUGUUGUCACAGACCUUAAAGGCCAAAUCCAGAAUUCUGAAGAAAAGUUACAUCUUAUGAAAAAUCUUUUGGUCAAAGCUAAAUUAGAUUCAGCUGAACAACAAAAGAAAAUUGUAGAACUACAAAAGUCACAGGCUGUAAAUGUGGAAUAUACUGAGGAAUUACAUCUUCUAAGCGAAGAGUUGUCUCACACUAAAAAAACAAAAGAAAACUUGGAAUCAACUGUAGCAAAGCUGAGUUCUGAACUAACCCAGCAACAUGCAUUGUAUGAAAGUCUUCUGAACGAAAAAAGAUUAACAGUCGAUCGAUUCCAAAAGUUGCAAACUGAGCAUGCUGCAUACAAAAUCAAAGCCCAACAUGCUCUUUGUAACGCACGGACUCAUAAAAAUGAAGCGGAUUCACUUGGCGUCAAUAAUAAUGAUAGUAGCAGUAAUCAAAAUGAUGGAACAAUUAUCACCAGUCGGUCUUCAGUUGAAAGUGAAGGAUACUUUUUAAAUGAAUUAGAAUUUGUGAAACAAAAUUUGUCUGAUGUACAACACCGUAAGGAAGAAGCUGAAUUGCAGGCAUCUUUGGCACAGUCGGAAUGUAAUCUACUAAAAAAGGAACUAACCGAUUUUAAAGCAAAAUAUAAUGAACUAAUUUGUCAAUCCCAAAAGCAAAAGCAAACCUUGGAAAAUAAAAUAUUAUCACUGACGCAAGAGCAUGAAGAUCGUCUGCAUAACGAGCUUAAAGAGUUGGAAAAGAAGUAUACGAGUCAGCUAAGUGAUUAUGAAGAACGUCUUAUGCUGCAAACACAAAAGCAUGAAAAUGAGCUACGUCAAGAACGGGAAUUUUGGGAAGCAAAAUUAGCCCGAAUCAACCGUACAAAUGAAUUGUCAAUGACGAAUUCUAGUAAAUUCGAACAAAUGUGUGGUCAUCGACGGAAUUUUUCAAUACCUGACCAUUUUACAACUUCAAAUGUGAAUUUAAAUUACAGAAGAGAUCAAGGAGACGGGGCAGACAAUACAAAUGAGGAAACUCAAACAACAUCUGAUCAAACAGCUAGCAAUUAUUCUUUGAGUCGCAAUGGAAGUGAAACUAAUUCACUGGUUGAUGCUAACCCCUAUAAAACACCGCCUCAAAUUACUAUACCUACUUUGGAGCAACUUUUGAAUCGACCUAAUCAAUAUUCAUCGCUUGAAAAUUCGUAUUCUCCUCAAAAUCAAACGAAAUCUUUUCAAGAAGUUAGAAAUGUUCAACCGAAUCAGUUAACUGGUCUACAGUCUGCUUUAGCGAGUCAACAACGUCGAGUUGAAUGUCUUUCUGAAAUGUUGAGUGAGAGCGAGACAAACUUGGCGCGCCUGUUUGAACAAAAUAAAUUAUUGAAAGAAGAAAUUCGACGUCUUGAAACCAACUGCAACAGUUCAAUAAAGUUACAAGAAGCAGAUAAUCAAGAUACCGACCAGUCAAGCAGUUCUAUUAACAAUAACAACAACAGUCACAGAAAUAAUAUUCCUUUAGAGCAUUUGAAAAAUAUCUUACUGAAGGUUAUAACUCUGCCGAAACAAUCUUCAGAACGUAGUCAUCUUAUGCAUGCAUUAGUUAUGUUCCUUUCUUUAAAAUCAGAUGAAUGUAAGCUAUUGGAAGAAGGCUUAAAUGAAAAUGUUAAGUGUUCCGGUUACUCCACAUAUGAUCAGUGUCAGAGCACUACCAGUUGGAGUAGUUAUAUCAGUACAGUUUGGCAGUUACCACCAGCACGUAAAUCACCUGAAAUAUCGAUCGUUGAACAGUUGGCUCAGAAUCAAAGAACAUUUCCCAAACAAAGUAGCAGACUAUCUGUACUGAAAGACACAGCCUUGUCCUCAGAAAAGAGAAGAUAUUCUGUGCAAAAUGCUGCUGGCCCAGGAGGACCCAUUGGAGGUUCAUCUCAAAGAGUCAGUCCACGUACAACUCCGUAUUUAAGUGCACCAAAUGCAACGACUGGGAUAACGCCUCCAGGUAACCAUCUUCCGAGAGCGUCUAUCGCAUGCAUUCCUUUAAGCAUUCAGGCUCAGAUUCAGCAAGGUCAAUUAGUCAAAGCUGAGCAGCCACAGCCUACUCUAGGAAAAGGGACUUCUGUACCCCAGACAACACCAAGAAUAUCUAUCAGUAAAAGCCCAGAGUUAGAUGGAGAAAAUGCAAAGAAACUUGGUCGUUUGCCAAAAUCUUUUCGGUGCGAAUGUUGCCAGCAGGUUACAGUGACAAGAACAACAUAUCAAAUUGGUGCAUUAACGUGGCUUAUGGCAGCGUUAAUUUUUAUAUGCGGAGGCGUUCUGGGCUGUUUUCUUAUACCAUUCUUUGUGGAUUGUUGCAAAGAUGUCAAACAUGUCUGCCCGUUUUGUGGAACGGAAAUCGGUCUAGUGAAAUGUAUCUGA